UGUCGCUGAAGUUGAGCGACAGUUGUGGUUUAGCGAUGAAGUACAGCAUUUGGACAAGGAGGGGACCACGACUUCUAACACUUUAAAACUCGCAGCAUGAGUUGGGACUGAGUUCGCCCCAGGGGAGCCGCAGCAUGUCUAUCGAGGUGGAGGUGCUGCUGCAGGAGGCAAAGGAGAACAUUGAGGCGGCGCAGAACUACAGGGCCGAGCUGCAGCAGCGGCUGCACGGGCUGAACCAGGCGCGGAAGCAGGUACGAGGCAGCGCCAGCCAGACGCGGGAGGUGCUACGACGGCACUUCCAGGAGCUGCAGGCGGGCGUCUCGCGCCUCCUGAACGAGCGGCUCGGGCUCCUGCUUGAGGAGGUGGAUGUCAUCGAGCAGGACAGCGUGCGGCCGCUGGAUGACUGCCAGAAGCUGAUUGAACAUGGCGUCAGUGCGGCCGACGAGCUGCUGAGGGAGGGCGAGGCAGCAAUCCGCUGCGGCAUCGGGGAGAAGGACGACAAACUGGGGAGCUUCACAAAGAAGGCACUGCAGAUCCAGCUGGACAGCCUCCCUGAGGUGCCGGCACUGGUGGAUGUGCCCUGCCUGUCUGCCCAACUGGACGACUCGCUGCUGUCGGCGGUGACGGAACGCAUCGCCCACCACGGCAGUGUGGCCGCACACCCCCCUGUGCAGAUCGAAGAGCUGGUGGAGAGGCCAGGGGGCGUGCUGGUGCGCUGGUGCAAGGUGGACGACGACUUCACGGUACAGGACUAUCGGCUACAGUACCGUCGCGGAAAUGCCAGCCAGUACGAGGACGCCUACAUUGGCAAGGACAGCGAGUUCCUGGUGCUGCACCUGGACCCGCACACGGAUCACCUGUUCCGUGUCUGCGCCCGGGGUGAUGGCCGGGCAGAGUGGAGCCCCUGGAGUGUGCCACAGACAGGCUACACCACGCUGGCGCCACAUGAAUGGCGCCCUGGCAGCGACGGCUACAUUCUCAGCAGCCGCAGGAACAUCGCCAUGCGCAGCGACUCCCCAUCCUGUGCCAGGGUCCUCUACUCCAGCUCUCCCACCUAUUUUUGUGGACAGACGCUCACAUUCCAGAUCAUGGCAGCUGGUCAGGUGCACAAGCAGGACAGCCUAGGGGUGUGUGUGGAGGAGACGAGUGGCGCCGAGUCCUUGCAGAAGGAUAGAGCUGUCUGCAUCUCCACCAAUGGUGCCGUUUUUGUGAAUGGGAAAGAGAUGACCAAUCAACUGCCAGCCAUCUCCCCCGGCUCGGCAGUGACCUUUGACAUGGAAGUGGUUGGCCUGUUUCCAGUGACCAACAACAAUAUGAAUGACGGCGGGAACUGCAAGCUGAGGGUGACAAUUGGUUCCGGGAACAGGGAGGUGGUGUUUGAUUGGCUGCUGGACCAGGGGGUAGACUGCCUGUUCUUCGGCUGCUCCUUCGUCAACCCUGGAUGGAAGGUUCUUGUCUUCUGACUUCCCUUCGUUCCAGGUUAGGAGGGCCAGAUAGUGAGGAAGCCCAGUUUGCUGAAUUGACCAGGCUUUUUUAAAAAAUAAUAUUCUUGCCUAUUUUUUUUUUUCCUGUUUUCAUCAAAAUUUGAGCCUCAUGUUCUCUGUGGAUGGUGUUGGGGUAAAGUUUCUGGGCUCAACCAGCGUAGAUUCCUUCCAGGUCCAUCAUUCCAGCAAUUGUAACAGCUGACUUGCAUCAUAAUUAUCUGAAACGGAAAAGCUGUCCAUAUCAAAUGAUAUCCUUGACUUUGAGUUGAAGCUCAUGCUGGAGUAGGUGGGAACAGGUCGGAAUGAAAUAGCCAGUGAUCUGCAAUGGAAGGAAAGAACAAUGGACACAGGACUGCCUUAUACCUUAUGAUCGGGUCUGUAUGUCACUGUGAGGUGCAAUGGCACGAGCUGGCCUUGCUGAAACAUACUAUGUGAAUUAUUGUUUUCCUUCAUUCAUGAAUUCAGCCAUAAAACAUACUGGGAGACCUAGUGCCUCUGGAGUAUCUCGUGUGUGAAUCCGUGGAAUUUUAUGCGGAACUUCGACACAGUAGAUGGUAUCUUUUAAAAUGUGACUUUCUGUGAAUUAUUUUGCAGAAUAACUGUAAGUAAGGUUGAGAUAAAAUCUUAGCAUGGGCGGUUACCUGAGUAACAGGCUGAUUUUGGUGCUCAGUGUAAGUACAGGAGUGGUAGGAUUACCAUGGAUGACUGGUUGAAUGAAAUUUGUAGUUUUUUUUGUAGGUAUUUUUUUUACAAGUUUGCUCAUGACUAACUGCAUGCUGAACUUCGAAGCAAGAUUGAUACUAAAGGGUACCUCCCUGGUAGUGGGUACAGACGCAGUAUUACCUGUUCACCUUUCUUCUGAUUAAAACAUAAUUGCAUAUUA